UCUGUACCCUGUCCGAAUUUCACACAGGAAAUCCGUCCUCAUCAGAUCCGCAGAGAGAGAGAGAGAGAGAGAGAGAGAGAGAGAUCUGCCUCCCUUCUCAAGCCCUUCUCCGAUCAGCCGCCGCUUCUCCUGCCGGUGUCGAUCCUAGUUGGAAGUAUUGCCUGCAAGAAAGUCUCAGUGAGAAGAUGUAUGUGUUUGGUGGUUGCAACAGGAAGAGGAAAAAGAGUACUUUUGUUACUCCUACUGUAUUGUUUGCUCCUUUGCAUCCGGUCACACCUGCACAAAUUGAUGGCAGUACAUCCACAACGCAAUCACUUGUUCAAAUGUGGCCAAGCCCUCUUGUCUUAUUGUCUUCGACUACAGCAUGGCCUACACAACCACCUGUCAUGUCAACAUCGGAACAUUCCUUUGUUCAAAGGGCUGAUGACAAGGACAUGGCAAGUAUUGAUGCUACUAAAAUGGGCAAUAUCAUUUCAAAAUGGUUACCACGGGUUGAUAUGUUGUUUGACAGUGAAAAUGACGCAUAUGAAUUCUAUAAUACUUAUGCUGAGAACGAAGGUUUCAUAGUGCGUCGAUCAAAGUCAACAGUGUCAACAAAAAAUAUCAUCACUAAGAGGACAUUUGUCUGCUCAAGAGAGGGGUUUCGAGAGAAGAAAAAAGGAGAGAAAGAGGCUAAGUGUCCACGACCUGUAACAAGAAUUGGCUGCCCAGCAUGCAUGACCAUCCGGCUUGCAUCAAAUGGCAAAUAUCGUGUCACAGAAUUUAUGCCAAACCAUAACCAUCAACUUGCAACAGUGGCUACAUUUGACAAAUUGAGAGCCAAGAAGCUGAGACGAAAUGCUCGAGUUGCAAGAGCAGAUUUAGUGGAUGACACUGUGAGACUACCAGAGUUUGAAACUGAAGAUGAAGCCUAUGAGUUCUACAGUGCAUAUGCUGGAAGGAUGGGCUUCCGUGUUCGUAAAACGAGUGCAACAAUUAGUGCAGAAAAUCUAAUUACUAGAAGGAUGUUUGUUUGCUCAAGAGAAGGAUUUCGCGAGCAGAAAAAGGGAGAAAAAAGGGUAAAGAAACCAAGAAAAGAAUUCAGAACUGGCUGUCCUGCUUGCAUGGUCAUUAGAAUAUCAUCAACUGGAAAAUAUCAAGUAACUGAGUUUGUUACAUUUCAUAACCAUCAGCUAGAAGCUUCUUCCUCUGCUGAUAGCCUGACAUCUCAAACUGCAGAAAUUAGUACAGAUUUUGUUUCAGUCAUUGCCUCUGAAUCUGCCGAUGAUGAUGCAUCCAAGCAGAUCGGGAGUCCUCAAAACUGUAACAUGCUUCCAUCAGAUAAUAAAAAUUCUUUGCGGUCAAAACGAACAAAACCUAUUCAAAUAGGUGAUGCAGGUGCUAUCUUGGAGUAUCUGCAAAAGAAGCAAGAAGACAGCCCCUCAUUCUACUAUGCAAUACAAGUUGACAAGGAAGAAAAUUUGACCAACUUCUUUUGGGCAGAUGCGAAGUCUGUGAUGGAAUUCUGUUACUUUGGUGAUGUUGUAUGCCUUGACACAUCCUACAAAGUGCUUGGUUAUGGAAGGCCACUGGCAUUGUUUUCUGGAGUUAAUCAUCAUAAGCAGACUGUUCUUUUUGGUGCUGCUUUACUUUAUGACGAAAGUGUAGAAUCUUGGAAGUGGCUGCUUGAGAGUUUCAUAACAGCAAUGGGUGGAAAGCAGCCAAAGACAAUUUUAACCGACCGCUGUCCUGUGAUAAGUGAGGCAAUAGAUGUCGUAUUGUCAGCCACAAAACAUCGGUUUUGUGUUUGGCAUAUAUACCAAAAUGCAGUUGUACAGCUAAGUCAAGUGUUCCAUGGUUCAAGAUCUUUAGGUAGUGAAUUCAGCAGAUGUCUCUUUGAUUGUGAGGAUGAAGAAGAGUUUCUAAAAGAAUGGGGAACAAUGUGUGAAAAGUAUGAUCUUAAAGACAACAAAUGGAUGUGCAAGUUAUUUGAAGAAAGAGAGAAAUGGGCCUUGGUAUACGGAAGAGAAGCAUUUUAUGGUGAUAUGAAGGCUGUCCAACUGAAGGAAAAUAUGAGCAAUGAGCUAAAGAAAAAUUCAGGUAAUAAAACAGAACUCCUGUCCUUCUUUGAGCAUUAUGAUAGAAUAUUAUCUGAGAAGAGGUUUGGAGAAUUACAAGCUGAUGUUAAUGCUAGUCAGAGCACUCAAAAGCCACCUUCUAUGCGUUUGCUGCGACAAGCUGCAAAUGCUUACACUCCUGCUGCUUAUAAGAUGUUUGAAAGAGAAUUUGAAUUAUACAUGGAUUGUGUCCUUUUCAGUUGCAAUGAAACUGGGACAGUAUCUGAAUAUAAGGUUAUGGUUGAGGAGAAACCUAAAGAACAUAAAGUUAGAUUUGAUUCUUUAGAUGGAUCUGUGAAUUGCAGUUGUAAAAAGUUUGAGUUUCUUGGUAUACAAUGUUGUCAUGUUCUAAAAGUGCUAGAUACUCGGAACAUCAAAGAACUUCCACCGCAAUAUGUAUUGAAGAGGUGGAGGAAGGAUGCAAAGGCCAGAUGUUUUAGUGAAGAGUUUCCAUUCUCAUUUGAUGGAGAUCCUCAAUCACUACUGGGGAAACAUUAUAGCUCCCUAUGCCGCAUUUUCAGUAUUCUAGCAGCAGUAGCAGCUAAAAGUUCUGAUUCUUUUCUGUUUCUUGAUAACCAUAUAGAUGUGCUCAGUAAUCAGGUAAACCAAAUCCUACAAGCUAGAUCCUUGGAGAUGCCUGGCAUGGUUUCGGUUUCAUGCACUCAACUGCAAAAUCCAGUUGAAAGUGUAGUCGCUGAGAGUCUGAGGUAGAAAGGAUCAACUAAGCAUUUUUUUAGGAUGACCAAUCGUUCACAAUCCAGGUAGAGCACAUCAUCUUUCCUCAGUCUUGGUUUACCAAAGUUUUGUUAACGUUGAAGUUUAGGGCCUGAAUCAUGUGGUCUUUGGUCUUUGUUCCACGUUAUGAACUUAACUUUCUGUUGAUUGUGCAAUUAUGUUCUUAUAUACGUGAAGCAUAUUUAUCCAUGUCGUGCCGUUAAGAUAUUAUCUAUUUCAGAACAAUGGGUUUCUCACCUGGCUUUGUGAUCCUUCUAGUCCACCCAUUCAAAAAAAAAAGUGUUGAUGGCAUUUGCCGUCCAAGUGCUGACUGGGGAGAGUGGAAAUUCAAUAGUGGUAAAGGUGGACACAUUUGGAUAUCCACAAGAUCACCUGAAUUCUAUCUGGUGUAGUUUGUACAUGCAAUUUGUAAAAGAAAAUUCAAGACAAUUACAUAACACUAUGUAAAGAGAGAAUGUCUAUUUUGUUUGUUUUUUAAAUGGUGAUGAAUCAGUUAAUGUA